AUGAACGCUUCCAAGUAUAAAGCGGAUAACGCUGUCAUUCCAGUAUGCUUUCCCGAACUCGCUUGGGUGCUUCGCAACCUCAAAAAAUAUGCAGAAAACCUUGCGAGCAGAUUUCUUGGCACAGCACCAUCGCCACUUGUAAUGUUUUCAAAUCAUCUGGCAAAGCUGAGAAACGACAGACAAGCUCAUGAUGAGAAAUGCGAUUUUCUACAGUUUUUCAAGGAUGCAGAGGACAAUACAUUCAAAGGUUUUCUGAAUGAACAAGUUUCCGGAAAAGUUGAUGUGAGCACUAUACGGAUUAACAAGACUAUGGCACCAGGUGAAACCGUGGCACAGUGCCGAUUUAUCUCAGUUGCUGGAUUUGACACUACUGCCAACACUCUUGCUUUAAUGUGUGACCUUUUAUCCAAGAAUGAGGACAAACAGAAAGUUUUAUUGGAAGAAAUCGAUUCCGUGUCCUCUUUCACAUACGAGAACAUACACUCGAUGAAAUAUCUUCACAAUUGUAUCUUUGAAACACUCAGACUGCAAAAUUGUCUCUGUAUGGAAGACUGUCUCGUAGGCCCAUAUAGAUUUCGAAGAGGUGUUAGCAUAAUCAUGGAUCCUUGGUCUGUCCAUCAUAACCCAAAAAUUUGGGGAGAGGAUGUGGAGGAGUUUCGUCCGGAGCGGUUCCAAUCAUUAACAACGGAGCAGCUCCGCGCCUUUAUGCCCUUUGGAUUAGGCCCAAGACAGUGUGUUGGCAUGAGGUUUGCCUUAAUGGAGAUCAAGCUCACGCUCUGUAUGUUCCUAUCUAAAUACAGUUUACGAAAGAAGGAUCGAAAAGAUAAGGUAGGUUUGAGAAGAUUCUAA